CUAUCAGUGGGAACACUACCCCGGGGGGGGGCUAUCAGAGGGGAACACUACCCCGGGGGGCUAUCAGAAGGGAACACUACCCCGGGGGGCUAUCAGAAGGGAACACUACCCCGGGGGGGCUAUCAGAAGGGAACACUACCCCGGGGGGGCUAUCAGAAGGGAACACUACCCCGGGGGGGCUAUCGGAGGGGAACACUAACCCUGGGGGCUAUCAGAGGGAACAAUAAAGGAAAUAUGUCUUCAGAGACUCAAUAAGGAUUAGCAGAGCCUCAGUGGAAAUAUGAAUAUCACUAGACCACGGAUACAAUAAGGACCAGAAGAGCGUUAAAGAGCAAAGUGCCCCAAGGGGGCAGUGCUAAUUACCAGAUCCAGUGGGGAAGACUUGAAGGAAAACACCUAUCCCUGGUGUAACAGGCACACAGUUGGGGCAGCCUUUCCAGGGGGCACAAGUAGGAAUGUACCCUCAAUGCCACUCCUGUGGGCUUUAGCCCUACCUGAAUAACACCUUUAGCGCCCUGUCUCCCCUGCCCAGGCAGACCUGGCAUCAUGCCCGUGAGGAAUAGGUACAACUUGGUGGAUGAUGGAUCUGACUCCAGGGUUCCCCUGCACAACGAUGAAGCCUUCCAGCAUGGUAUCCACUUCCAAGCAAAGUAUAUUGGCAGUUUGGAUGUGCCUAGACCUAACAGUCGAGUUGAAAUCGUCGCAGCAAUGAGAAGAAUUAGGUAUGAAUUUAAAGCUAAGAAUAUUAAGAAAAAAAAAGUGAGCAUCACUGUGUCUGUGGAUGGGGUGAAGGUUGCAAUGAGGAAGAAGCAAAAGAGAAAGGGAUUGACCUGGGAUGAGAGCAGAAUGCUGGUGAUGCAGGAUCCAGUCUACAGAAUAUUUUAUGUCUCCCAUGACUCUCAAGACUUAAAGAUCUUUAGCUACAUUGCAAGAGAUGGAACUAGCAACACAUUCAAGUGCAAUGUGUUCAAAUCCAAAAAGAAGAGCCAAGCCAUGCAGAUCGUCAGGACUGUUGGUCAGGCUUUUGAAGUGUGCCACAAAAUGAGCUUGCAACAUGCCCAGCAAAAUGCAGAUGGACAGGCAGAUGGGGCCAGUGACAAAUCUAUGGAAGAGCAGCACUUGGAAGCUCGACAGUUGACAGGAGAAGAAAAUAACGAUGCUGAAGAAGCUGACGCCAGUCUCAAGAGAAUAACCCUCAGUGAUAAGGGGGACAGUGAGUGCAGCACUCCAGCAACUGAAUUAGGUCUCAUCAAGUCUGCACAAGCAGUGAAGGAGCAGAGCAGUCAGGAUAUAGAAAACAACUCAAUUUAUUCAUCAGUGUCUCAGAAGCUCCGAACGUCCAUCAGUGACUGCAGCGUCUCAGCUCUCACCCCUCUGGCAUCUCAGCAUCGUCUGCAGCUUCUACAGCACCAGCUCCUGCAGCAACAACAGCAAACGCAAGUGGCUGUAGCACAGGUGCAGUUGCUGAAAGACCAACUUGCUGCUGAAACUGCUGCCCGGAUAGAAUCCCAGGCCCGGGUCCGACAGCUACUACUGACCAACAGAGACUUGUUACAGCACAUAUCUCUGCUAGUGACGCAGCUAAAGGAGCUGGAGAACAGAUCUGACCACAAACAGGAAGUUAGCAACAAAAUUGCCAAGUCACUGUCCCUCAGUUUAAAGAACUUGUACAGUUUGGAAGUGAAGCUGCCCUCAACGUCUACACCAGCAAAUCUCCAGAGCAACACCACUACAACCCGCAUCCUUAAUGGAAAUAACAUCGGCGAGUCCUACCUAAAUCUUCUGAACUUGAGCAAUGGUAACAUCAACAAACACACAGAGACUUCAGGUGCGAAAGAUGACAAUGACAGAAAAGCUGAGGGUUCGGAGGUCAUUGAGGUCAUUGCAGAAACAUUGAACCUGACCAAGACUGAAGAUCAUAAAGAUGAGCAGACAAAGAUAAUUCCCUCAAUUCCAAAACUGAUACCACCACCUCCUAUCACCAGGAAAAGGUCAUCCAAGAUACUGCCCACCCAAGUAACAGAAUCCAUUUCAUCUGAAUGCACGACCCUUACAACUCCCACUAGCGUCAACCUUACUAGCUUUACCACCAUCACUUCCUGUUCCAUUACCCCCAGCGAGUUUGAUCCAGAGGAAAAAAGUCCGUCCUUCAGAAACUCUUACUUCCCUUGCUUUGAAAAUAAAGAUCUUUCCCCAAUAAAGGAGAUGGCGCAGUUAUCAUUUCAUCAGGAAUCCGUUGAAGAGAAUAGAUUCUUUCAUUCCAUGACGAGCAGUUAUGACAAUUUGGAGGACACGCCAACAAUUUUGGCUGAUACGUCCCUCUGCAAUGGUUUGGCGAAGCAGUUAGGCCCUGAAAACACUUUACCCUUUUCUACAGCAAACGACACCUGUUUGCAUAUUAGCUUUUCUGAUGAUGAUUUCUCUCAUUUGGGCCCCGAGGACCACUUGGGAGUACAGAAGCAGUGGCGCCUAAUUAAAAAUGGAAACUGAAAGAUUACGUGGCAAGCUUUUCAGUGUCCAUUCAUAGAGCUCUUUUUUUUCAGUUAGGAACAUUAUUUAAGGAUUACCAUUUCUUAAGGAAUGUUAUGCACAGGUCUGAAUUACUCCAAAAUGGGAGACGUUUUUUUAGAAUUAAACACAAGUAUGCCUUUCAUUUAGACUGUGAAGUGUCUCUUUAAAAGAUGUUCCACAAGAACAAUAUUGUUGUCUAUUAUUUAACACUAAAUCAAGAGAUGUUCUGACCUGAAGAAAAGACUUUCAGGAAGUAAAAAUAUACUUCUAAACACUAAAGUCUGCAUAUGAUAAAUACGGUUUUAUGUCAAAUUGACACACCGCGAAUGUGCACCUAAAUACUUUUUGUUACGAGCAAUCUAACCCAUUUAAGUUAUUUUUAUGAGGCAUGGUUGCCCGUUUGAUGGAUUCCAAGAGAACGUAAAAAUUCCCCAGUGCUGUUGAGUGCUCCUCGGUACAAAUAGCAUAACAGGAGAUUUAUCGCUCAGCAAAACACUGGCGGCCAGUACGCCUGGUCAUAUAUUCUUUAUAGAACAAAUGAUAUGAAUUAGAUCAUUUCUGUCUGGCAUCUAUAUGUUUAUUUUUUAAAUAAUCUGUACCAAUCGCAGUUCUAUUAAGCUGUAUAUUUACUCAGCAUUCAAAUCAUUAAACACUGGAAAUUAUAAAUGUAUUUGCAAAAAGAUUGUGUUCAGAAAUGAAAAGUAGCCUAAAAAUAUAGGACUUUUAGCUUAAAGGGGUAAUGGUUAAACUAAUCUAAUGUAUAUGUGUUCACAGCUAAAUGUAAUUGUGCCCUGAUCAGAGGGAAAACAAAAUAUGAUCAUUUUAUCAUGAAGCAAUCAUAUUUGUGCUAACGAUUUGUCUAUUAUAACACUAGAAUAUUCA